CCGCCUCCCCUCGCGUUUUUUUUUUUUUUUUUUUUUUUUUUUUGUGCAGGAAACGAGUCAUCAGAACCGAGUGUCUGCAGUCAUUAGGUGUGUCCGCCGUAAAACCCGUGUUAUUCGUGGGCGGCGUGUGAACUAUUUGGAGAAGUUGGAGAAGCGCGCGCAACAGGAAAACUGAAUUAAACGAAAAAAAAAUAAAAUAAACAGUAGGCUAUAAAUAAAAUGUGGUUUCUUCAAAAUGAGCUUUUAUCUUUUUGUAGGAUGUGAGGGGCAAUGAGCAACUUGGUGAUAAAUGUCUCACAAAAUUAGUAACAGGUGACAAGUACAUUACCUGAUUUUUUUAAAUGGGGAAAAAGAUUCAAAAGAAGAACAAAAAUCAACUUUUUUUGUUGCUGCUGUUUGAUUUUUAUUUUGAAAGAAGUCUGAAUGAAGUGGAAAAGGUGUCGUUCAAGACUCUCUUGUGAAGAAGAAGAAGAAGAAGAUUUGGAUAGGAGAAGUAGCCUAAGGAAAAAGCAGAGAGUCAGUUAUAUCCAAGAUGUUUAUGAUGAUGAUGAGGAGGAGGAGGAGGAGGAGGAGGACGGUGCAUAUGAGGAGAAGGAAGACGAAGAGGAGGAAGACCAGGAAGACAAUGAGCAGCCAGGCACAUCCACCCACAACCACAAAGCACAAGAAAAUGGACUGUGGCCUGUAACCUGUGGAAGCAAAAAAGGCAUCUUACAUGUAGAAAAGCUGGCCAGUGAUAAGGCAUGUAUCAAGUCUGACAGCGGCUGGUUUGGUUUACGCGCCUUUGAGAUCUUCGGGGGGAAAGCCUCCAGUAAAAAAUGGAAAACAAGUAUUUACUAUAAAAAAAAGCCUCUACAGUUUUGGAUUGAGCAAGGAGCCCUAACCAUCAACAAUUAUAAAAGGAGAGAAACUGCGACUAUAAAGAAAAGGAAAAGCUCAUCACCUAUUUGCAAAUCAGAGAGCACCUCUGAAGAGUUAGAAUUACAGUCCGCAGAUGAAACUGAGGAAGAUGAUGUUGAAGAAGAAUGGCUCUCAAGCAGUGGAAAAUUGGCACCAGAGACACAGGAGGGAGAAGAAGAAAGAGUUGGGGCUGAAAAUGGAGAUUUUGAAGACUCAGGGGAUGACAACUGGAAUGAAAAGGAAGAAGAAAUGGGAGAAAAGGAAGAUGAGGAUAUGCCUGCUUCUAAAGAGAGGGAGGCCAAAAUGAUCAUUUCAGCAUCUGACAUAGUAAGUGCGAUAGCAAAGAAGAAAGUUAGAGUUGCCAUCAAAAGGCUUCCAGAGUUUCAGGCCACAAGAGAUUGUAAGUCCGACAGCAUGGAGCAUCCACAAGAAGACAGUUGGUGUAAACCAUUGGAUGAGGACACACAAAGUGAGUACAGCCAUUCGUCAAAGGAUGAUGACCAGAUGUCAGAGCCAUCCAUUUUCAGAGGCGUCAAGGAAGAAAACGGAGAGGAGUCUACACAAAAUAAUGAAAGAAAAGAAUAUGGACAGAGAGAAAUUAAAACUGAAACACCUCCAUCUUCACCAGUGGCCACGACCCCAGACAUCAAACCUGAAAUCCUGGAUAAAACUGAAAACUUUAGAUUAAACAGCAUUCACACUGCUGACCUCAAUACCUCCUCUGCUGUCACAGACACAUUGUCCAUUCAGGGAGUUUUUAAAGAAGAAACUAUAGAGGGAAUGAGUGAGCUGGCUGAGUAUGGCAACACAGAUGCCAUGACCUCCGAUCACGAUGCUGCACAUUUACAAGUGAUGGCACCAGAGACAAGGGUCCCACAGGACUCCGACAGCGCUCAGGGUCCAGUCUCCACUUACUCUAAUCUGGAUACAAUGGACCUGGAUCAGCUGAAGAGAGAGAAAAUAAAAAUGCAACUGAAAGUCUUGAAGUUGCAAGAUGAAUACUACAGUCUGAAAAUAGAGAAACUUAAAAAAAAUAAAAAUAGUUCCAGCGGAUCAAGCCUGCAUGGAAGUGCUGGUGCAUCUGACUGAUGAACUCCUCCCUCAGCAGAGCCUUCUCCUCGGGGGUGGGCUCCCACUCCCUCUGCUGGACA